UUGCUCUCCCUGUUCGUAAUGAUCACCCCUCCGUUGUCCUUGCGUUGUUGAAGCUGCAUUUGGGGCUGGCGCCAGCUAUUAUUUCCCUCUGCCCAGACCCCAAAAAAGGGCGCGAAACGCGCGCUCCCAGCUCCGGCGCACGCACUGACCGCCGCCCUCGGCCUCUCACUGCAGCAUUUCGCGCUUUCUCACUGCUCCCCUCCCCGCUUGCCUUAUUUACAUAUCCCACGAUUUUGGCCAAUCAGUGCUCGUCUCUCUCGAAGCGGAUGGCUUUUGCUAAGAGGAAAGGGAGUGGCUGUCGGCGCAUGCGCCGCGGAGGCCGACUUGAACCGAGGCUUUUAUUGCUGUAGUUUAUUUCCACCCCCUUCCCUCCUGUUCUCUCUCUUUUUUUCCGCCCUGACUGGGGCUGUGUUGGAAGAGAGGAAGAAAGAGAGACAGGCAAAGGAUUGCAUUUGUUGUCUACGUUCCCUAAAUCUGCUACCAGCAAGACCAGCUAAGCGAUUGCAUCUUUUUUCAAUCCCGCAAAAAUACUAAGUCCCUUUCCCGGGAGUUUUUGCUUUAAAGCUGCCUUCUUAAAAUUUAUUUUUUCCCAGGAGAGAGAUGUCUUAUCAGGGGAAGAAAAAUAUUCCACGCAUCACGAGUGAUCGACUUCUGAUCAAAGGAGGUAAAAUUGUUAACGAUGACCAGUCAUUCUAUGCAGACAUAUACAUGGAAGAUGGGUUGAUCAAGCAAAUAGGAGAAAAUCUGAUUGUGCCGGGAGGGGUGAAGACGAUCGAAGCCCAUUCGAGGAUGGUGAUACCGGGAGGAAUUGAUGUCCAUACCCGUUUCCAGAUGCCUGACCAGGGAAUGACCUCUGCUGAUGACUUCUUCCAAGGGACCAAGGCGUCCCUGGCUGGGGGAACCACCAUGAUCAUUGACCAUGUUGUUCCUGAACCUGGGACAAGCCUGCUGGCUGCCUUUGACCAGUGGAGGGAAUGGGCUGACAGCAAGUCCUGCUGUGACUACUCUCUGCAUGUGGACAUUACCGAGUGGCAUAAGGGCAUCCAAGAGGAGAUGGAAGCCCUGGUGAAGGACCAUGGGGUAAAUUCCUUCCUUGUGUACAUGGCUUUCAAGGAUCGCUUCCAACUAACGGAUUCCCAGAUAUAUGAAGUACUGAGCGUGAUCCGGGAUAUCGGUGCGAUUGCCCAAGUCCAUGCAGAAAAUGGCGACAUCAUUGCAGAGGAACAGCAGAGGAUCCUGGAUCUGGGCAUUACAGGCCCUGAGGGACACGUGCUGAGCCGGCCUGAGGAGGUCGAGGCCGAGGCUGUGAAUCGUUCGAUCACCAUUGCCAACCAAACCAACUGCCCUCUGUACAUCACUAAGGUGAUGAGCAAGAGUGCAGCUGAAGUUAUCGCCCAGGCCCGGAAAAAGGGAACGGUGGUGUAUGGUGAGCCCAUCACUGCCAGCUUGGGAACUGAUGGCUCCCACUACUGGAGCAAGAACUGGGCUAAGGCUGCUGCCUUUGUCACUUCCCCACCCCUGAGCCCCGAUCCAACCACUCCAGACUUUCUGAACUCCUUGCUGUCCUGCGGAGAUCUCCAGGUCACUGGCAGUGCCCAUUGUACUUUCAACACUGCCCAGAAAGCUGUAGGAAAGGAUAACUUCACCUUGAUUCCGGAGGGCACCAAUGGCACCGAGGAGCGGAUGUCCGUCAUCUGGGAUAAGGCUGUGGUCACUGGGAAGAUGGAUGAGAAUCAGUUUGUGGCUGUGACCAGCACCAAUGCAGCCAAAAUCUUCAACCUUUACCCUCGGAAAGGCCGCAUCGCUGUGGGAUCUGAUGCUGACCUGGUCAUCUGGGAUCCAGACAGCAUUAAGACCAUCUCUGCCAAGACGCACAACAGCUCUCUCGAGUACAACAUCUUUGAAGGCAUGGAGUGCCGUGGCUCCCCGCUGGUGGUCAUCAGCCAGGGGAAGAUUGUCCUGGAGGAUGGCACCCUUCAUGUCACUGAAGGUUCUGGGCGCUACAUCCCCCGGAAGCCCUUCCCUGACUUUGUUUACAAGCGUAUCAAGGCAAGGAGCCGGCUGGCGGAGCUGAGAGGGGUUCCUCGCGGCCUGUACGAUGGACCAGUGUGUGAGGUAUCUGUGACACCCAAGACAGUCACUCCAGCCUCCUCCGCUAAGACGUCUCCUGCCAAGCAACAGGCCCCACCUGUCCGGAACCUGCACCAGUCUGGGUUCAGCUUGUCUGGUAUGGUUAUGGUUUGGUUAGGCACCAGCUCUUCAGGGCCAUGCUCGGUGGAGCUGUGGGAGCCUGCAAUUACUUUUUUAAAAGGAGCAGAAGCAGAAGUGAAUGAUAUUCCUACUCUAAGUGGGAAAUACUAUUAUCACAAGAGAUACAUUUUCAUAGCAAAUGACCAGUUGGAGUUUCAGAGUCUUGACUUCAGUUUUAUAUCCCAUAUAAUACUAUGAUGCAUAUACUAUGUGUAAUACCUAAUAGAUUAAGUGGACUUUUUCAAUUUAUUAUAUCCCUCAUAUAAAAUGAAGUUGUGGUAUUUUAGGACUUCUCUUUUCCCCAACAUAUGCGGUACACUGGAGUAGUUAAGCUUGUGGAGUCUGGGGUUUAGCAGCUUAAAUUCAUAGCUCAAAUUCUAGCUGUGCUUCAGUUUCCUCAUCUGUAGAAUGGGGAUAAUAAUAGUAGCUACCUCAUUGGGUUGUUGUGAGGGUUAAAUGAGUUAAUAUGCAUAUAAAGUGUUUAGAGCAGAGCCAUUUGAUAACUGUUAGCUAUUUGCUUGUAUAAAUUAUAUGAUGUCAAGGAAUGGAUGAGAGGAAAGAGUCCAGAUACUAGAGCUUUUUCUUUACUUUUCCUUCCCGUACUUCAUUUUUUUUUUAUGACUAGCAUUUUCUACUUUUCUAGCUCCCUGAGCCACAGAUAAGUAUCCAAAUUUGUAUGGCAUGUUAAAAAACUAGUUAAUCAUAUAUAUAUAUAUAUAUAUAUCAUCAAAUAUACCAAUUUUUAGAAAGCUACCAUAUAGAGAUUACCAAUUUUCAAGAAAUUAAAAAUGAUUUAAUCUUAGUUUUAUCAUAAAGUAAAGUGAUUGUAAUAGUAUCUGCGCUAUAUUAUUUGUCCAUGCUGUUCAAAUAUAAGGGACCAUCCAUAUUUCUACGUUUUAUUGUACAGUUGAUAUGUAGGUUUAAGGGACUAGAAUGCCAGUGUGAAGGUUAUCUCUACAGAAAAGCCUCACCCAGUCAGACUAAUGAGCGUGGGGACAGGAUGUAAUCUGAAUCAGUCAAAAGCCUGAGAUGUAGUGUUUUAUAUAGUUUUACUUUGUCAAAUAAUAGAUCAACUAGCUUCUGCAAGGAUUGCUUUAUAUAGUAUGUGAUUCUCUGGGUACCUUAAGUUCCUCUCAUUUUUGUAGUUUAGAUUUUCAGUAAGGUUUUGAGAGAAGGACAAAGAAUGUGGGUGGCACUUUCUCUACCUAGAUGUGUUACUUCAGUUUAAAGUAGGACCACCUGUAACUCUUUGGUUUUGACCUUUACGCCUUUUCUCUACUUCUCUCUCCAGGCGCUCAGAUUGAUGACAACAUUCCUCGUCGCACCACCCAGCGCAUUGUGGCGCCCCCUGGUGGCCGUGCCAACAUCACCAGCCUGGGCUAGAGGUCCUGGGCCUGCCGCAGUCCACUUGGGGAUGGGGGAUGGGACACCUGAGGACAUUCUGAGACUUUCUUCCUUUCUUUUUUUUCCCCUUUAAGAGCCUGUGAUAGUUACUGUGGGGCAGCCAGUUCAUGGGGCUCCUUCUUGGGCCCCACACUUAGUCCCUUACCCGGGUCACUGAUUGAUAUUGUUCAUCUACUUCCCUACACAUCUAUGAAUAUCACACCCAAAUAUAUCCACCAAUCCCAACAAUGGAACUGCAUCCAACACUCAGACAUGCGAAACAAAGCAAAUCACAAAGAGUGUGUUUUUCAUCUCUAUCCUCUGUUGUACUUAGCAUCUUCCUUUUAAUGGAGGAAGAUAAAGUGAAUUUCCCAGGAGCUGCCUUUUUCUUUUUAAAUUUUUAAAUAAUUUUGUUUUCGUGGGGCUGGUAGGGGUGGGGGUUGGGAGGAGAGCUUUUGUUUUCGUUUUUAACACUAAAUUGGAAGGUCUAAUUCAACAUUAAUUCAAGGGGUUUGAACUGGACAUCCUAAUGAUGCAAUUACAUAACCAUUGAGCUGAUUCAGGGUGGUUGGCAACCUCAUCAUGUCCCUCCUGAGUGGCUCCAAAAUGUCCACAUCUCCAUUCUGUAGUCUUCUGGGUCAACUGUUGAGAAAAGGCAUGUUUUCUUUGUGGCCUAAAUUUUGCUGCAGAUUGAAUCUUUUGAGGAUUCUCUUCUCCUCUUUUCAUCUCUUUUGUGCUCUCUUUUGCUUUUCCAUUUAUGAAUAUUUUCAAAUGUCUGUCUCUUGAAUAUUUUCACGUUUGUUUCUUCUAGCCCUUGUCUCUGAGACGGUUUUUGUCUCCUUCCCUCAUUGUCUUUUCACAUUGCCAGGUCUGUCAUUUUACUGUUGUCAUCUGAACCUGCCCAGAGGACUUUGAGCUUUGCCAUUUCAGCCGUAGUAAUAUGCUGUCCUAGUCCAUGUAAGACUGGUGCUACCCACCCACCAUCGUGAGGGUAUGCAUUUGAGUUUGAGUUACUUCCUAGGUCCACUGACAGGCCGAGUUAACUCACCCAUACUAUGACAUGUGGGCCCAGAGUAGAACCGCAAACAGUGCUGAGAUGUUGAAGAAAUCUGAGGCUGUACAAUGUGAAAGCAUUUCCUCUGUGCAGUGCUAACCAGGUAAAGAGACGAUCAAACCUGUAAAUUAAGCCUCAUAACCCAAGUGAGUGAACCAACUUGAAGCCAACUAUCUGCUCAGAAGGGUUGAGUGGUUGAAUUAGUAGGAAUCUGCCCCCGAGGGCCUUCUCUUUCCCCAUUGAGUGUCUUUUGGAAUUCUAGAACACACUGGGGCUUUUGGAGAAAAAACGCACACUUCUGGGGAAAAACAUGUUUUUCUCGUCCAAUUAUUUUGAAAGAAAUAAUGCAGUAUAGAGAGGGCUUAUCAACUCAGAAAAUCUUUGGGAAAUUUGACUUAAAGUCCAUUUUAUAUUGCAAGAGGAAAAAUCUGUGUUAUGAAUGACAUGCAACCCCAGAGCUUUUGUGGGGAGAACAACUUACCAGUAAAACGUGUGGCCACCUUUAGACCAUAGGUGAUUUCAUGUCUACAUCCUCUGCUUGUCUGAGUGACAGCUUCCCACUAGCUGAUUCUUCCAGGUGCCAUCCCUGUCUCUGCUGAUAGUGUUGCAUUUCUUUUAAAUGUGUUUACAGGUUCUCUUAAGAAAUACUGUAUUUGCGGGCUUUUAUAAAACCAAAUCUGCUUUUGUGAAGUAUAACAUCAAGUAGGUCAUCACAUCAUUACACUUGUCUGUCCACAUGUUUUGCCUUUGGGGUUAUGGUUGGGGUUUUUUUUGUUGUUGUUGUUUAUUUUGUUAUUUUAAAAGUAAAUUGCACUUUUAAAAAUAAUUGGUUAACUUAAUAUAUUUUGCUUUUUUUCUCACCUGCACUUAGAGGAAAUUUGAACAAGUUGGAAAAAUUUUUUUGUUUCAAUUCUAAGAAACAUUUGCAGCUCUUUAGUAUUCACUUGAGUCUUCCUGUUUUUCCUGUACCAGGUCAUGGUGAUUUUGAUUAUUUUGAUUGUUUUCUUAAAACAAUUUGAAACCUGAAGAUUUCCGCAGGCUGUGUAAGCAUGUUUACCUGUUGGCUUGCUUUGUGUGUCUGUUAUAUGAAUGUCAUAUAUAAAUGCUAAAAUAAAUUGACAGUGUCUCAGAACUGAUUAACUGCAGUGACUUGAUGCUCUAAAACAGUGUAGGAUUUAAUAAUAGAUGGUUUUUAACCCUUGGAAUUGUGAUUGUGACUCAUGAGUGGAGAAACUUUCAGUGCUAAAACUGAUGAUGUGUGUAGCCAGAAGAGUACUUUUUUGUAACCACUGUCUUAAAUGGCAAAAUAAUUAUGGUAAAAAACCAGUCUCGUGUUUAUUAUUCCUUAAGAACUCUGUGUUAUAUUACCAUGGAACGCCUAAUAAAACAAAAUGUGGUUGUUUCAGGGAUGUGUCUGUGUUGAGAUGUCCAGA